AUGAGGAACAAUGAGAAGUUUGUGAACAAGUCCUUGAAGCAGGUUUGUGGGGCACGUGGAGGCCGGGACGACGGAGCUGAUCUGAAGUCCCCGGACGUCGUCAGGGUCGGAGCUGUGAGGCAUGAAACACCAGUGAGAGCAGACUUGAUGCCGGAUCUCACCUUGGACUCCUCUCUUCUGUUCGUGGUUCACCGGCUGUGUUCGGGUCUGUGGGUUUACACGCCCGCCCCUCCCUCCUCCUCUCCUGGGGAGCCGCGGGUGGUGGUCGCUGUCCAAGUUCAGGGUAAUGAGGAUAAAAUGAACGUAAUAACCAGAAGCUGUGUCCUAUUUUUCUGGAUGCACACGCUGACCUUCGUCAAAAGUCAAGAACACAACUGGUCUGGAGGCCAGUUACGUUGGCGGGACACAAAUAAGCGUGAGCUGCAGUACUGGUUACAGUGGUUUUUCCAACUGCUCUGUAUCGAGGGUAAAUGGCAGUCGAGAGGCACGAAAUGUCAACCCCAACAGUGCCCAGUGAUCCACGUGAGCAACAACGUGCAGGUGAUCGGGGACCCGGAGGAAGCAAACGUUGGCAACGUUGUUCGAUUUAGCUGCAAGUCCAACUCGGAGAUUCUGAGUGGAUCACAAGAGAUCUACUGUAAUGAAAAGGGAGAGUGGAGCGGAGAAGCUCCGACAUGUAAAGCUCCUCUGGCUUGUGAGCAACCACCGCCUCUUGCAAAUGGAGACACCAAGAACUCUAUGAAGUUCAGCUACAGACAGAAUGAAAGGGUUGAAUACAUCUGUCAGAAUUACUACAUCAUGCAGGGAGGACCCUUCAAAACGUGCAACAACGGUGAAUGGACCGGAGAGAUAAUAUGCCUCAGACCCUGCACUGUGGAUGAAGAAGCUAUGAGGGGACGUAACAUUAGGUUCAGAUACGGCCGAAAGGAUAAACUGUAUGCAGCCCACGGUGAUGUGAUCGAGUUCAGCUGCACCAGAGGAAGACCUGUCGGCUCCCUGGGGAUGCGUCCUAUGUGCGUGGACGGCGUGGUGCACCUGCCCUCGUGCCAAUAAAGGAUUUCCAGUCCAAUGGAUGUGAUAAACACUGAGGGGUCGUGAAUCGGUCCGGUCAUAACUACUGGAACUGAUGUACGUCAUCGUGCUGUGUGUCAUUUUAAUAAAAACUGUUCUGGCUCAAAA